UCAAGGAAUUGCUCAUGAACAAGGUAAAGAUAUAGCACUAAAUCAACCUAUAUCGCACUGUCAUGCUACUCAUUCAUACGCGUUUUUUUUUCUUCUUUUACUAUUGGUAUUAAUAGAAAGUCAUUUGGGACUAUGAGGUUCUGACUAGAGGUAUUACGCACGCGAUAAGGUCUGUUGGUUACCACUACACGAUCGAGAUUUCGUAUCCCAUCACCAACAACCGUGUCGUCGUCCAUUCCGCCUCACCGAUCGCCAACUUUAUGAGAAGCAGUUGGACUAAGAUCUUUUGCUGUAUGUCAUUUGUGGGUGUUUUAUUUUAUCCAUUACGCUAUAUGCUCAAAAAUGUCAAGGAUAAAGCGCUCGAGUCAGAGUUCCAAAUGACCAUUUCAACACACGACUUUUACAUGCAGAACUAUUGGAACAUUAUCGAUCAAGUCCAGUACAAUGAUACCAAGAAAUAGUAAUAAAACAUAUCUAUUUCAUAUCUAUUUUCUCUUCGUAAACGCGGC